AUGGUGAGAUACUUCACCAGGCGGAGAGUGCGACGACACUACAACUGGAAAGGCAAGCAGAUCGGUUUUGAUAGGAAACUCAAGACCUCUGAAUAUGGCUCGUUGGAAAUCAGUGUGGAGGGUCUGCCAAGGACCACGGUGAUAUCCACCGGCCAGCACAUUCUCAUAGAGGGAGAGGAUGACGAUAAUCCCUUUGUGGCCAAGGUCCUCAAGCUCUUCGGUGAUGAGAGUGGGAAACAGAAGAAAGCGUCGGUUCAGUGGUAUGUGCGUGUGUCAGAAAUACCCACAGGCAAGAUCAGUUUGCUGGGCCGGGAGCCGCAUCCACAGGAGGUCUUCUACUAUGAGAGCCGCUCCUGUGUUGAUGAGGUUGAUGCUGAGUCGAUCAUCAGCACUGUGCAGGUCAAAUACAUCCCGGGAGCAGAUCCAUUUCCAGAGUCUGACAGCAAGGACACUCUGUACGUGAAGCUCUCGUGGGAUAUGAAGACUUUUAAGGUUCUAGACCCUGUCCUGAUGGAAGACGCUGCUCAACCCACUCCUGCUUCCACUCCUCCUCGUCCCAAAUCGGCCCUGCCUCCCUCCCCUCCCUGCUCCCCUCCUGCAGCGGCUCCAGUGUCCCAAGGCCGCGCCCGGCGCGCUCUACCCACCCCGGAUCCCACAGUCAUGCGUAGAGCUUCCUCCGUGGCCCACAGCAGGGGCACCAUGAGCGCAGGCAAGAUAGGCACCACUGAGGCAGAGUCCCUGCACUCCGCCUCCAAGCUGUCGGCCUCAAAAUGUUUGAGCGCCAAGAGGAGGGCCGGCAUCAGCAGGACACCAGGCACACGCAAGAAGCUGGAGCUCGGCAGUCCAGGGAAGAUGAUGACCCAGGACGAUAUAGUCAUCCAGCUGCUCGAUGAAGAGCUGGAGUCUGAGGUGGUUCUAGCCCACAGACUGCCAUCCUCCCCUCCACAGGCCCUGCCCCUGUCCCACAGCCUGACCCCCACGAAGGCGGCCCAUAGCUCUGCUGCCUCUCAGGAUGUGUUCCGGCUCAAGCCCUACACCAUCAGCAUGAGCACUGAAGCUAGUCUGUCCUCGUCUGUCAAACAUGACUCCACUAGGGAACUGUUGGAUAAGAGUCCCCUGGAGGAUGGGAUACUGGAGGCAGGGCUACCAAUAGGCUCUGCCCAGACCCCAAGGAGGAGAAAAGCCACACCUAGGAGAAAGUAUGCCACCAGAGGGCAGAAAGCUACCACUCCCUCCCGAAGGAAAGACUUGAAAGCCAUUAAGGAACCUUCCCUGGGAGUGCUGCCUGAGGUGGACAAUGAGAAUUCUCCCAUGCUGCCAACCGCCAUGACACCAAGGAGCUCCAAGAGGAAGUCAGCCCAGCUGGUGUCUUCACGCAUCAGGAGGCAGCUGGGCACCCAGCUGGACUUUAACUCAGACGGGGAGGAUGAUGAAGAAUUUCUCCCAUCAAAGAAGGAGCUACAAAGCAGCAGUGAGGAUGAGGAGGAAGAAGAAAAGGUGGAUAGUGACGAGGAAGUUGCGGUAAAAAAGAGCAAACGAGGUGCAGCAGGUUCUCGUACCCCUCGCUCCACACAGAAGACCCGCUCCUCGACCAGGACUCCACGCAAAACCCCCAGCAAGAAGACCACACCUAAUACACCAAGGACACCUCGUCAUAUCACACCCAGUAUCCCCAGCCGCUCCCUGCCAGCCAGACAGCCUGCAAAUGUUCUAGAGGAGGCCAGGACAAGAUUGCACGUGUCCGCCGUGCCAGAUUCUCUGCCCUGUCGAGAGCAGGAGUUUCAGGACGUCUACAGCUUUGUGGAGAGCAAGAUCAUGGAUGGCACCGGAGGGUGUAUGUACAUCUCUGGUGUCCCGGGCACAGGGAAGACGGCCACAGUACAUGAGGUGAUGCGCUGCCUGCAGCAUGCAUCAGACAUGGACGAGAUCCCUCCAUUUCACUUCAUUGAGAUCAACGGCAUGAAGAUGACAGACCCUCAUCAGGCCUAUGUGCAGAUUCUACAAAAAAUGACCGGCCAGAAGGCCACAGCCGACCACGCAGCAGCUCUGUUGGAGAAGAGGUUCAGCAGCCCUGCACCCAGGAAGGAGACUACCGUCCUGCUCGUGGAUGAACUGGACCUGUUGUGGACCAGGAAACAGAACGUGAUGUACAACCUGUUUGAUUGGCCAACGCGACGCCACGCACGCUUGGUGGUACUGACAAUCGCCAACACCAUGGACCUGCCGGAGAGAAUCAUGAUCAACAGAGUGGCUAGCAGACUGGGCUUGACCAGGAUGUCAUUCCAGCCGUACAGCUUUAAACAGCUGCAGCAGAUUAUCAUGUCCAGACUGAACAAGGUCAAGGCCUUUGAGGAGGAUGCGCUCCAGUUGGUAUCCCGAAAGGUGGCUGCUUUGUCGGGUGACGCCCGUCGCUGUUUGGACAUCUGUCGCCGAGCAACUGAGAUUUGCGAACAUUCCGCCCCCAACCCUUCCUCCACAGGACUAGUGGGAAUGAGUCAUGUGAUGGAGGCGUUGAACGAGAUGUUUUCUUCUGCUUACGUUACUGCCAUCAAGUGUGCAUCGGUUCAGGAACAACUCUUCCUGAGAGCGGUCAUCGCUGAGUUUCGACGGUUGGGAUUGGAGGAGUCCACGUUCCAGCAGGUGUUUGUGCAGCACCAGGCUCUUUGUCGGGUGGAGGGUCUGCAGCCCAUCACUGUGUCGGAGGGCCUGGCCGUGUGCCAGCGUCUUGGAGCCUGCCGUUUACUUCUGCUGGAGCCCAGCCGUCUGGGAGUGCAGCAGCGUGUCCGCCUCAAUGUCAGUCAGGAUGACAUCCUUUAUGCCCUCAAAGCGGACUGAAGUGGGCUGACUGUUCAGAGCAUCAAUUUAAGGAUGUUGUUUAAAAAAAAAAAAAAAGUGGACCACAUGAGAAAGUAAGCCUUUCGCUGAUUGAUGGAGGUUUUGGAGUUGAACUGGAGCAGGGCCAUCAAGGGUGAAGAAAUGCUGUGCACAUAUAAAAUCACCUGACCAAACUAAGAGCUAUUGCAGACACAGAUGUUUUUUUGUUUUGUUUUUUUACGAUUAGAGGAUCAGAGUUGGAUCCUCAGAAAGCACAUCAGCAGGGUUCUGACCUUGUUUUAGCCAAGGAGUCAAAUGAGAUCUCUCACCACCUGCAGGCUGAGUGUGGUCGGUGCUGUUAUAAAGUCAUUUUCUCAUUUGUUCAUGCUUUCAUUUGUGGUAAAAAUUCCUCUUUCCAGUUAAUGUCUGGCACUUGCAGUAUUUCAGUACAUAUGCAGAGGAAAUCCUUAGAGAAACUUGAUCCUCCAGUUAUUUUUACUAUACACUUGCCCUCUGCUUGUAAGGUAUUUUAUGUAUCUGGCCCACACAUGGGUGCUCCAAAAGAAUCUCCAUAGCACUUAGGUUUGACUGGAAUCCACCCCUUUUUAAAAUGGAAACAAAAACCUAAGUUUUUUUUUUUUUUUUUCUCCCAGUGGCCUGCAGAGGAACCAGACAGGUCUGUUCCUUAAGUGAUGAAGACAAAGGCUGCAGUCCCUCAGGUGUCAGAUUUAUGAGAUAUUUGUCUACUUGAACUUCCCACUUCAUCUUAGUUUGAUGUUUUUCAAGAACCUGGUUGUCCAAGUCUCAUUUUAUCUGUUUUUUUUUCUGAUGGGAGAGUUUGAGAUGUCCCCAUUUCAUUUGUUUUUAUUGGAAAGGUGAUGGGUUUUUUUCUCUCUUUUACUCUAACAUUUUUAAUGUUUCUGUACUGCAUGUAAUUUUCCUUUCAAUUAUUGAAUAUGUAAUAAAAUUCUAUCUUUAAUAUGA